UACAGUAGUUGGAAGAAAUGAGCUCAUUUUAACAUUGAAUAGUGAGGAAUAGGAAAAUGAUAGCUGAUAAGAAGAAUACAUAAAUACAGAACCACCGCUUUAAUAGCACACGGUUUACAACAGGCGCCAUGAACACACUACUUCUUGUGACUGCUGCUUUGAUAGUCUCUUCAGUGGCAUUCCCGCUUGAAGAUGAUGAUAAGAUAAUCAAUGGCUAUGAGUGUCCUGCUCAUUCACAGCCUUGGCAAGCCUUUCUGACCACAGACAACAAACGCUGGUGCGGAGCCGUUCUCAUCAACGAGUGGUGGCUGGUGUCUGCUGCCCAUUGUUAUAAACCUGCUAGCAGCUUAAUUGUACAUCUGGGAGAACAUAACCUCGUUCAAGUGGAGGGGACUGAGCAGCGCAUCAAAGUCUCUAAAGUCUUCAACCAUCCCGGCUACAGCUCCUGGACAAUUGAUAAUGACAUCAUGCUGAUCAAACUACAGAGUCCAGUCCAGUUCAAUGAGUACAUCCAACCAAUCCAACUGGCAAACAACUGUGCCCCUGCAGGCAGUCAGUGCCUGGUGUCUGGAUGGGGAAACCUAAGAACAUCUGGAGUUCAAUACCCUGAAAGUCUUCAAUGCCUUGAUGUCCCCAUCCUCUCUGACACAACAUGUCGCAAAGCUUAUGGAAACAGGGUCACAGACAACAUGUUCUGUGCUGGCUUUAUGGAAGGUGGCAAGGACUCUUGUCAGGGUGACUCUGGUGGUCCUUUAGUCUGUGAUGGGGUGCUGCAAGGCAUUGUUUCAUGGGGAGAUGGCUGUGCUGCUAAGAAUGCACCUGGGGUGUAUGCCAAAGUAUGCAACUAUAACACCUGGGUGGCAGAAAUAAUUGCAAAAAACUAAACGUAUCCAGUAGAGUUAUAAGUUGGUAAUAAAAAUUUGAAAAGCAAUUAAGGCUUUCUUUUUCUUUUUUGACUUAGAUAAAUGUUUCCAUCAAAAGUGUAUACUGUUGUAUGUUCAGUAACAAGUUCAAUUUAUAUUGAUGUUGAUUGAUAUUCCUGUUGUUGGUAACUUCCUGUAGAAUGUUAGUGGGUGGGAUUUUAGAAGGAAAAAGGAAGUUCCCAAAAAAAGGCAUCCUGGUCUUUUUCUUUGUACUGAGAGAACCUAAUGAGAAACUGACACAGUUUUUACAGUUAUUAAAAUACUAUAUUAAG